AUGUUCAGAAUAAUUCACAAUGGAGAGAAGCCAUAUUCAUGUUCAGAAUUGAGGAAAAAUAUUACAGAUGUAUCAAGUUUUGUUAAGCAUGAGAAGCAUCACACAAGUGAGAAGCCGCUUUCAUGUUCAGAAUGUGGGAAAUGUUUUACAAAUAAAUCACAUCUUGUUAGGCAUGACAAAAUUCACACAGGAGAGAAGCCAUAUUCAUGUUCAGAAUGUGGGAAAUGUUUUACAAAUAAAUCACAUCUUGUUAGGCAUGACAAAAUUCACACAGGAGAGAAGCCAUAUUCAUGUUCAGAAUGUGGGAAAUGUUUUACAAAUAAAUCACAUCUUGUUAGGCAUGACAAAAUUUACACAGGAGAGAAGCCGUAUUCAUGUUCAGUUUGUGGGAAAUGUUUUACAAAUAAAUCAGAUCUUGUUAGGCAUGAAAAAAUUCACACAGGAGAGAAGCCGUAUUCAUGUUCAGAAUGUGGGAAAUGUUUUACAAAUAAAUCACAUCUUGUUAGGCAUGACAAAAUUUACACAGGAGAGAAGCCGUAUUCAUGUUCAGUUUGUGGGAAAUGUUUUACAAAUAAAUCAGAUCUUGUUAGGCAUGAAAAAAUUCACACAGGAGAGAAGCCGUAUUCAUGUUCAGAAUGUGGGAAAUGUUUUACAAAUAAAUCAGAUCUUGUUACACAUGAGAGAAUUCACACAGGAGAGAAGCCGUAUUCAUGUUCAGAAUGUGGGAAAUGUUUUACACAGAAAUCUCAACUUGUUAAACAUGAGAGAGUUCACACAGGAGAGAAACCGUAUUCAUGUUCAGAAUGUUGGAAAUGUUUUACAAAUAGAUCAGAUCUUGUUAAACAUGAGAGAAGUCACACAGGAGAGAAGCCACAUUCAUGUUCAGAAUGUUGGAAAUGUUUUACAAAUAGAUCAGAUCUUGUUAAACAUGAGAGAGUUCACACAGGAGUGAAGCCGUAUUCAUGUUCAGAAUGUGGGAAAUGUUUUACACAGAAAUCUCAACUAGUUAAACAUGAGAGAAUUCACACAGGAGAGAAGCCGUUUUCAUGUUCAGAAUGUGGGAAACGUUUUGCACAGAAGCCAAGUCUUGUUGCACAUCAGAGAAGUCACACACAAGAGAAGUAGAGAAGAGCAAAUUACUUGAAAUUUGUUUUAAUUAGGAUACAAAUAAAUUCAACCCAAAUGCAAAGGGCUAAGAUUGUGUGUUCAC